UUAAAUCUUAUAACUGUUGUUGCUUGUUGUUAUAACUAUCAGUAUCGUGUUGUGUUUAUGCAAGAAGCGAAUUUUAGUGCAUUUUAUAUCAGUGAUAAUCCUGCUAUCGAGAUCACGUCGUUUAUCCAUUUACCCGUCGUUGCAACUACGUACCACGAAAGAUGAAGUACUUCCUGUUAUUUCUUCUAAUAACUGUGACAGUUUACUGGUCAGUUGCACCACCCGUUAAUCAAAAAAGCAAAGAUUAUGAUAAUAAAAAUGAAGUUGAAGACAUAGAACCAAUGGUAGACAUGGAAUAUCGCAGAUACCUAAUGGAAGUAGUUCAGGUGUUAGAAAGUGAUCCUGAUUUUCAAAAGAAGUUGGAGAAAGCAGAUGAAGCAGAUAUACGUACAGGAAAGAUAGCCGAUCAACUACAAUUUGUGAACCAUAAUAUUAGAUCAAGAUUAGAUGAAAUAAAGAGAGACGAACUAGAAAGAUUAAGACAUCUUGCGACAAAAGAAAAUGAAUUAAGGAAUGGUUUAGAUAUUGAACAUUUAAAAAUACCUGAACAUUUAGAUCAUACUAAUACACGUACAUUUGAGAUUCAGGAUCUAAAGAAAUUAAUUGCUAAGACUACUGAAGAUUUAGCAAAAGCCGAUAGGAGGAGACGUGAGGAAUUUAAACAGCAUGAAAUGGAGAAGAAAUACGAAGAACAAGAAAAGAUAAAACAUAUGAACGACGCAGAAAAAAAGAAGUAUGAACAAGAUCUGCAAGCAAUGAAGGAAAAGCAGAAAAAACACGAACCUGUACAUCAUCCAGGAAGUAAACAACAACUAGAGGAAGUAUGGGAAAAACAAGAUCAUAUGGAAAGCGAAGACUUUAAUCCCAGAACAUUUUUUUUCUUUCAUGAUAUUGAUGGUAAUGGAGUAUGGGAUCAAGAUGAAGUUAAAGCUUUAUUUUUGAAAGAAUUGGAUAAACUUUAUGCUCAAGGAGCACCUGAGGAGGAUUUAUUAAAGCGAGCUGAGGAGAUGGAGAGAAUGAGGGAACAUGUAUUCAAUGAAGCCGAUCUUAACAAAGACGGUCUUAUUAGUUAUGAAGAAUUUUUGGAACAAACAAAGAAACCAAAUUUUCAACAAGAUGAAGGGUGGCAGGGAUUAGAUGAACAACAAAUUUACACUCAGGAAGAAUUUGAAGCUUUUGAAAGAUACAAGCAAGAGGAAAUACAGAAAAUGAUUGCCCAAGGAAUGCGACCACCACACCCAGGUAGUAUACCGGCACAGUCCGAGCCGUUUCCAUCACAAUAUGGGCAAGGACCAGUUGCUCCUGGAUUAGUUCCUCCCCAAGUAGAUCCAAAUCAAAAUAUGCUUCAUCAACAAUUCCAAGACCAAAGUCAUCCACAGUAUCAACAGCAGCCACAGAUUGUAGUUCCUCAGCAACAUGGUCAAAUUCCUCAACAACAGCAACAACAGUUUCAAGGGCAGCUACCAUCGAAUCAGCAAUAUCAGGUACCUCAAAAUCAAAUCCCUGUUCAGCAAGUACACCCUGGAGCGGUACCGGUUCAACAAGGGCAGCAAAAUCAGCCUUUAGUUCAACAGCAACCUCAAGCUCCAAAUUUUCAACAACAAUCUCAAGCUCCAAAUUUUCAACAACAACCUCAAGCUCCAAAUUUUCAACAACAACCUCAAGUUCCAAAUUUUCAACAACAGCAAAACAUAGUAAAUCAAGUACCACAAAAUAUUCAGACGAACGCCGUGCCACAAAAACAUAGUUCAAAUCAAGCAGAUUCACAACCCGCGCAAGCGCCCGCCCAACAAGAACUUAAUAGAAAUAAAAUUUCAGUUCAUGAGAAAGUAUAAUUGCGUCCUCAAUUCGGCAAGACUGUAAGAUUUACUUUGACAAGAGUACGCCUUCAAUUUUUUAAAGAAUUGAAUUUUGUCAUUUUAGAGUAUUUUUUAUAUCUUUCGCUGUUAUUUUACUCACUGAUUGUAACAUUUGUAUGAUCGUACACACAUUACGCUCAUCGCGGAAGUCGGACAACUUAUCGUGAAAUGUAAAUAAAUUAUUUCCAAGAAAAAUAGACGUAUUAAAAAACA